AAUUGAGGAAAAACAAGUUUGGCAGGAAAUAUUGUCAACUUGUACUAGCUGCUUAUAUCAUUUUAGAGAUGGUAUAAAGCUGUGUACAUUGUGGGUAUGUUUGUGCACGGACCUGCACUUUCUGUUUGAUAUUCGCAGGGAGUUCCUGAUAUUCGUGGGCGUCCAAACAUAAUAAAAAAACUUGUCAGAAUCCCGGGACAGAAUCACUGUAUUGUGAAUCACUGUGUUGUGUGAAUCUCAAUAUGGCCCAUGGAAAGGGCACGCAUUGGAAACCCAAGGCGAUAUUUCUACUCCCGAACACCUAUGUCAGUAUUUCAUAUCCAAAUAAGGAAUCUCAGAAUGACUUGGAACACAGAGGAUAUGGAAGUUGCAUUAUUGAAGAAGGCUUGGAUCGUUCUUGGACGAUAGAUCAACUCGUUUGUGAGGUGAUAGCCCAUUAUCCUCAACAUAAGGCUGAGCUAGCAAAGACUGGAAUCGAGUUCGCCAAGCUUCAGAGAUAUUCCAAGGAGAUCAUUGUCCACGUCCUUGUGAAGGGAAGUACUGUCGCUGACCUUGAGAAACAACAUGGACAAGGAAUCUUGGUUAUUCUUCAAAAGGCGAGUGUUGCGCCAUCACAAAAGGUGCCGAAAGAAAUGAAGGGUGCCGUAAAGGUCAAGGAGGAGGUGAAGUACCCGGAGAAGUCCUCCAACCAAAGACAGAUAAAAAUCGAACCAACAUCACAUGAGUUAGUUGACCAGGUCCAGCGCGAGCUGGAUAUCUUGUCACAGCUAGGAGGUAUAACAAUUGCUCACCUAAACUGCCAGUCUCUUUGUAACAAGAAAGAUGAGCUGAAACUCCUUCUGCUUUGUCGGGCAACAGUUGAUGUGAUGACCCUAAGCGAAACCUGGCUUGGUGAAAACGACGCAAACGAAAGUUUCAACGUUCCUGGAUACACAAUUAUGUCAAGGAAGGAUGGGGCUCCUAAGUUUACAGGUAGGCCACGCGGUGGUGUUUUGAUAUAUGUGAAAGACAGUCUUUCAAGAUUGGUCAGAGAGUGUGACACCAAGAUGGAGAAAGGAUUAGAUGCAUGCUGCAUCGAUAUCCAGCUUGGCGGGAGUAAUGGUGUAGGGAAAGGGUCAGACCAAAUCAACAUAUGCUUGAAGAAGACUCUACUGAGAAUAAUAAAUGUGUACGUGCCACCUGGAACGAGGGAUCAGGUUUCCCUCUUUAAAAAGCUGCAAAGAAGUUUGGAUACAUUGAAGGCAACAGAUAGCUGCAAGCCGACAUCUUCCAAAGGAACUGGUAACAAGAAGUAUCCUUGUUGCUGUAAAACAAAUUAUGUGAUACUAGGUGAUUUCAACUGCGAUAGAAAAACUCUGUCGUCGUGCAAAGUCAUGGAAUCGGUGAAGGGGGAGAAACUCCAAACGCUCGACGAACUUGAGAAAAACCAUCAUUUGUCACAGCUGAUCAAAGAUUCUACACGGGUUGAUUUGAGGAAGACGAAAGGUCGGGACACAUAUCAGACGACAGAAUCUUUGAUUGAUUUUGUCUUCACAGAUGAUCCAUUUGCUGUCUUGUCCUCGGGAGUGGCUCAUAUUGCUAUGAGUGAUCAUUAUAUGGUUUACUGUGCCUAUGAGCCUGAUAAAAAAUAUCUCCACAAGUCAACACCGUUGCUGACAUUUGAGGAGUUUUCUCAACUUUCCAAGAGUGAUAUCGACAAAGAAGUAUAUGGGAUGAUUCGUGCCCGUGACCUUGCCAAGCAAAGGGGUGAUUGGGAUGAGUACGAUCGGUUAAAAGAUGCCAUCAAAGUAGCAAAGAAUGAAUACAAAAAAGAACGGAAGCAACAAGAAAAGGCGUUGAAGUUAAAAUGACUCAUGUAUAACCAAAAACAUUAAAUGAAAUGACCGGUUAUAACGCUUCGAAAUAAUGAUUACCGGUAUCUUAAUAUUGACGAUUGUUAGUUGAUCAUAAUGAAAUAUAUGCGAUGAUCUGUUAUGGUGAUGUUUAUUGUGACAUGGCAAAUAGAAGGGUAUUUUGCGAUUUGUGUAAUCCGUAAAUGUUCGUAGUGUUCAUACGCCUAGUAUAUGUAAAAUUUCAUUUGUAUUGUUACGAUCCUUAAGAAAGUAACCACUUGAUCACUCCUAUUCGUGAUCUACCAGAUAUUCCUUUGGAUUUGGCAUCAUUGCCAGGAUACUCGCCUUCCAAAACCCCUCCAAUAAUUCAUCAUGGUUGCAUAAGCAUGAUAAGGCAUUGCAGAAGCUGAAAAAUGACAAAUUCAAACAUCCAAGUGACUUACCUGUUAAAUGAUUAAAGAAUUCGGCGUAGAGCUGGCCAAACCAUCAACUCAAGUCAUAUCAUCAAUAGUUGCAUGCUAGCAAGACCAUAGUUCUGAUUCGUUUGCUGCUAAAUGAAUAUAGAUUCCGAAUUGCAGGUCACAUUGAUGAGAUAACGUCAAAGGAUCAUAUCUUGAUCAUUAUCUGUUUUAACUUUUAACAUUUUACUUGAAGGUCGUGCUGAACCUUUGAACUGUAUGCGUAUGUCUAGGCUACAGCUGAUUUUACUAAAUCGUUCUACUGUGUGAACUAUAACGUGCCAAUAGAUAAUGGAUAUAAUUUUGUGUACGGAUAUCCAACAUACCAGUUAUUUUGCAGUUUUCUCUCUUACCCAGAGUGUCAAGAUAGGAAGAGAAAUUACUCCAUUAUGACCGGCAUAGGCAUAGUAGACAAUCAAAGCAGUUCAAUAUAUAUAUGGGCCCCCAUCUUACAAAGAGUUACGAUUGAUCCGAUCAACCUCAAUUAUAUGGAAAUUCGUCGAUGUCAUUAUUUUUUCUUCAGGAAUUUUUGCACAAUGUCCUUUGUAAACAAAAAUAAGCACACCGAAUUUUGGAGAAAACCAUGAAUUUAAGAAUGGACAUCGUAUCUAUAAAAUAUGCUGAACCAACAUGCUUUUUAGAUGCUGACAUUCCUGGAUUUCCAGAGUCGUGGUUGAUUGGAUCAAUCGCAACUCUUUGUAAGACGGGGGUCCUGCAUGGUCUGAGUGUAUACAGAUAGAUACCGCACAUCAUCAAUAUUAUCAACCUACAAACUUCAGUUUCUUUCAGCUCACAUGCCUUCUAUUUCCAUUUAAACUGAACUAAUAUACUAGUUUAGCUUCUUCUUCUCCCCCCAUCUCCCAUACACAUAUACACCCACACCCAUCCACACCCACACACACACACACAUACACACACACACACACAUACGUCCACACCCUUCGGUCCAUAAGGCCCUUACAGCAAGAAAAAAAUCAUACGGUAUUUAUUAAUGAUUUAAACCUACAACCCUGUAAGUGUGGAUUAGACAUGAGAGUGUGGGUGGGUGAAUGUGUUUGUGCGGGAACUUGACUCUUGAAGUGGGUGAGUUAAAUGAUGUGUGUGGGGAGAGUCUUCUGCAUGUGUGCUUAUCAUGCUUAUGUACCAUUUAACAUUUUCAAUCGAUAUUUCUGAUUUUUUUUUUUAUUACAAUUCCCGUAUUUUAAAUCUGUACUUUCCUAAAUAUGUAUAUAAUUUACAAUAAUAUAUUCAUGUUGAUGUUAUUUACAGUAAUAUAAAUUGUAAACGUAUCUUUAUUCUAGCUUGAUGUUGAUCUAUACCAAAUAAAUAAAUAAAUGAAAUG